AUGAGGACCACUUCGUUCUCCCUGGAGGUCCUGGCCUUACUCUUCCUCACACUGAUCCCUUGGCCGGGGCCCUCUGUCUUCAAAAUCACCUGUUCACGUGACAACUCCAAAAUUGUCAGAAAAGUCAUUCAGAAUAAAUGGCUCCCAGUGUUGGAGAGAUUUCAGGUCAAACUACCCUUGGAGUGUCCAUUCCACCCUGCAAGAGACAUAUUCGCGCCACAGCACGCGGCCAAGCUGCAGCAUCGACCGUCGCAGUGGACGUGUGCCUUUUGUGGCAAGUCUUUCUACGAGGAACGACACCUCGACACGCAUUUCGACCACCGACACAAGAACCAGAUAAACAUAGCGGAGGAUGCAGUGUGCCUAGCGGACUAUUGCGAUAUUAUGCGGUGUCAGGUGUUGGUCGCCCAUGGCCUACUCAGCGGCGCUGGUGGUCCAGUCACCGACAUCGAGGUAUGGCAAGACGUAGAAGCGGCAAAGAAAGCGUUGGCUCCACCUGCGACACGAAGUGUUGCGCGUGUGACAACGCGGCGCAGACAUAGGCCACGGGUCCCAACGCCUCCCUCGCCUGCAACCGACUGUCCCAAAGCUGAUCAUCCUAAUGAAGAGCUCGAACCAGAAGAGAAAAGAACGGAAGAUAGCGAUGGUGAUACUAACCAGACAGCAGAAUUAUGUGACGCCGACACGGUAGAUUCUGCGCUCCCACCGGAUAGCCGACAGAAGCGACUCGCGGACCUGCAGGCUGAACGAGCGGCUUGUGAUCCCACACGACUACAAACACUUAAGGUCCGCUGUGACAGAAUAGUACAUUCCUGUAUAGCAACACUACUACUACAUCUUACACAACAUCAAUUCACGGAACUGGAAGAGGAGAUGCAACGCGCUGUGUGUUGGUACCUGAGCUGCGACCGUUACUGGGAGGACACGGCGCCCACGGCCAGAGCGUUCCCGUGGCCCCUACUACUAGCUCUAGCCACCGGACUCGCACUUGCUCUUUGCAUGUGCUAUUAUAUUAUUUGGAUUGUUUUUGACUCUGAGGAAGGCUCCGUGGCUGGGAGUGCCUCGGUAUCCAUGACGACGCAUUCAUCUCCAACACGGGGCGAGCGUCUAGCACCAGAUGACGCCAUGUUAGACGAUCCUGAUCAUGACGACCAUUAUAUCUACGUCACAUACCCGCCAGAACUCAAACGGCGGCUGCUUGAGAGCUGCUACAAUAGAACGACCCGGCUAUGA